AUGAAUUCAACUUUAUUUUAUUAUUGUCAAAAUUCAACAAAAUGUAUUUCAAAACAUCGUCUUAUGGAUGGUAUACAAGAUUGUAUAUUAAAUGAUGAUGAAACUAUUUCUUAUAGUUGUGAACUUGAUGAUCAACAUUUUCGAUUUCAAUGUACUAAUUCAGUAGAAUUAAAUCAAGAAAAUAUACCUUUUACUACAUUAUGUGAUGGUUUUAUUGAUUUAAUUGAUCCUGAAAAUGACGAAACAGAUGAAAAUCAUUAUUAUUGGUGGCAAUGCAAUAAUAUUUAUACUCGAUGUAAUGACGUUUGGAAUUAUCAAAAUGGUGCUGAUGAAUUAAAUUGUUCAUAUUUACCUAUAAAAUGUCCAGGAAUGCAACAUCCUUGUGUAUCAUUACAUACAUCUAAAAGUGGUUGUUUACCAAUUGAGAUGGCUGGAAAUAAUCAUAUUGAUUGUAUAGGUGGUACAGAUGAACGAUAUUUAUGUCAUUCUAAUGGUCAAUUAAUAUUUAAACCUUUUUCUUGUUGGAAUGAGACAAAGUGUCUUGAUAUAUAUGAUAUUUGUGAUGGUGAAGCAAAUUGUCGAUAUGAUGAUGAUGAGAAAUUUUGUUCACAAAAUCCAUCAUGGAUAAGUGAAUAUGUUUGCAUGCCGUCAGAAAAUUAUCAACAGACAUUGGAAGAAAGAAUUAUUUGUCUUAUUAGUUUAGAACAAUUUCGUCAGGUAAACAUCUUUUUUGCAUUUGAACCAACUAUCAUAUUGAGUAAACCAAUAAGAAAAAAUUUAAUUGAAAAAAUUCAACAAAAAAUGAUUUCAUCUUCUAAUAAAUAUUCUUUAGAAAAAAUUUCUUCUAAAAAUCAUUUUCAUUGUAAUCGUGGACGAAUCUUUAAAGAUUCUUUUGGACAAUUGAAAUGUCUUUGUCCUCCCGCUUAUUAUGGAUAUUCAUGUCAAUAUCAAAAUCAACGUGUUAGUUUAACAGUACAAAUACGACCAGAAUUCGAUUGGCAUACAGUAUUUCUUUUAGUUAUAUUUCUUAUUGAUGAAAAUCAAGAAAUUGAAUCUGGUCGUAUUUGUACUGUUAAACUAACACGUUGA